GAGUUUGCAUUCUUAUCGGCCUGCCACACUACCGUGGGCGAUGAGAAGAGUCCCGAGAGUCGAUCCAUCUUGCUGCGGCUAUGCAAUUCAGCGGAUUUCGCAGUGUCAUUGGUUCCAUGUGGUCUGUUGACGACAAGGUUGCACGCCGGGUCGUGUCUGCUUUUUAUUGCAACCUCAUUCAAGUCAAUGGCUUCGGGGAGAUUAGACUGCACGCACGCUGCAGUAGCGCUGCACAAGGCUUUGAGGUCGUUGGGCAACAAGAUUCCGUUAGAACAGCAGAUUGUAUUGUCCACAUAGUGUGUAGUUAGAGACUCGGUUAUGAUAUUUCCGCAUGAUACUUUGUUGUUCUGU